AUGGUCAGGUUCAUUGCCGCCUCUUUCACCUUGGUGAUCCUUACCUUCACUGCUGUCAAGGCCCAGAGUACCAUCGUCAUCUCGGAGUACCCUCCAAUCAACGCUAUUCCUCCUACUAACUCCCCUGAGGUCCAGGCAUGGCUCAAGGAGAUUGGUGACCUCUCUGGCGCACCCAACAUCCCUCUUCCCAACCCCACUGCCCAGCCCCCACCAUGCGCCAAGAAACCUCUCCCCAAUGAGUGCCACUGGACCUGUGAUGGCUGCUCGUCUGACGAUAUCACCGCUUGCGCUGCCCCCAACACCUGGGGCUUGACCUUCGAUGAUGGUCCUUCGACUGCCACACCCGCCCUUCUCGAUUUCCUCAAGAAGGACAAACUCUCUGCUACCUUCUUCUUGAUCGGCUCGAACGUCAUUCAGUAUCCCGCCACUGUCAAGCGCGAGCUUGCUGAGGGCCACCACUUGGCUUCUCACACCUGGUCUCACCACGCCUUGACUACUCUGACCAACGAGCAGAUCGUUGCCGAGAUGAAGUGGACCGAGAAGGCUGUCUUGGCCGCCACUGGCCUGAAGCUCAAGUACAUGCGUCCCCCA